UGUCAACAUCGCCCAUGCUUUGAUCUUCCGCAGGGCAGUAGGCAGGCCGCUGCUCCUAUUUCUUUCUUUCAUUUGCCUCGGCUUUUUUCGAUAUACAUCCGCCCACCAUGUCCUCCGCUUCCCCUGCCGGGGACAAUCCCUCCUUUUCCUACUCCGCCUACAUGGUCCCCUCCACACAGAACACCUAUGGCUCGGAGUCCGACGAUGAUAUCGCCUCGCUUCCUUCAGAAUCGACCACCGAUUCGGACCUAGAAACUCUAUCUGAUGACUUCUCCGACGCCGAAGCGGAAUGGCGGGAAAGCAUUGAGCAAUUGGAGUUGCUUUUGUCCAUGGUCCUUGUGCCUUUUAUUGGCAAAUAUUUUGGAAGGAAAUGCGCAUACUGGGGCUGGACUAGCUUCAUGCAAUGGAAAUACCCGGUCGAGGUCGUCAUGAGGAACCCGGCGGCCUUCAAGGCCGCGGGUAUCAUUGAAGCGGCUGCAACUAUCUAA